AUGCCUUCAGCACGCAGAUUACGUGCCUUGAUGCUACUGGCACUGGCCGUCGUCAUCACAAUCCUCUUCUUCACUUCACAAUGGCAACAGACGGCCGAGCGCGACACGCGGACGAUCCAGGACUUCUACCACAAGACGGUGAAUGCCAUGGACGGCAAGAGGGGGAGUGGAGGCUCGCAAAUUCCUAUCAAGGCAGGGAAAGUGAGCGCAGAGGCUAAAGACAAAGAUGGAGAUGGCUCAGUUGACGCCGAUGACGAGCACCUAGCCGCAGAGAUGUCCGACCGCCUGCGCGCUGCAGAACAACAGGCCAAGGAUCUAGCCAACGCAAAGGCGCCCCUGAAGCCUGAUUCUCCGGGCAAGGUUGUGGGAGUUGGUAGCGCAGCAGGUGGCCAAGGGAAGAAAGAUGCUGCCGACGCUACCGACGAGACGGACGAGGAGCAUCAAGUCGAAGUUACCCUGAACGAGAUUCUUAAGAAGUCGCCAACUAUCAUUUUCUCCAAGACUUACUGUCCCUACUCCAAGAAGGCCAAGAAGCUCCUUCUGGAGAAGUACUCAAUCGACCCCGCACCCUUUGUUGUCGAACUCGACGAACAUCCGCUCGGCAAGGAACUGCAGGCGAAACUAAAAGAGACGACUGGAAGGGGAACCGUGCCCAACAUCAUGAUCAAUGGCAAGACCAUCGGUGGCAGCGAUGACAUCGCCGAGCUGGACAGCAGGGGAACGCUGAUCGAUAAGAUCAAGUCCUUGGGAGGAAAACGAGUGUCGAUGAAGGAGAAGUUCGUCGGUGGGUCCAACAAGGUAUAG